AUGCCGACUCCCAAGCGGUCGUCGCUGCGCAAGCGUCGUGACGUGCAACAGGACCCUCCCUCUUCCGAUCCUGCUGAGGAACAAGUAACCCCAACUCGACCAGCCAAGAGGCGACGCAAGGAGUCUGACGAUGAGCGCCCCGAGACUGACACUGCGCACGAUCCCGACACCGAGACCGAACAGACUUCCGCAUCCGUCCCGAAAGUUGAUGACGAUGCGACCCUGACUAAAGUGAUCGGAUUUCUAAAGACACAGCCUGUACAGGCCAGCAAAGAUCACGCCAACUCUAUCCACGAAGCCAAUGGUGAUGGAGUGAAAGCAUACGCCAAGAUUGCCGCACAUGACUGGACGUACUAUAUCACGAAGCUUUCUGUCAACAUUGGUCGUGAGCCCGAGGGCGCAAGCCAUGAAGCGAUGACUCCAAGCAAGGCAGCCCCCAAGACGAAUGGGGACACCGACGAGGACGGGUACGACGACGAUCAGGUUCACAUCGACCUGGGACCCAGCAAGACUGUUUCACGAGAGCACGCUGUCAUCUCUUUCGAUGCGCACAACGAGAAAUGGGUAAUUACUGUUAAGGGUCGAAAUGGUGUCAAGGUCGACACGAAGCAGCUGAAGCCCAACGAGACGCAUGCUCUCUCAAGCGGCGAAGCCAUGGAGAUUGGCGGCGUGGAGAUGCUGUUUGUUCUUCCUUCAGAGAUCAGUCCGCUCCAUAUCCAUCCUACUAUCCUGGACAGGGCAGGUCUGGACCCUGGCCCGGGCUUCUUCAGGACGCCCCGCCGUCCUGCUACUUACAACCCGUCCAGCGGGCCACACGGGAACAUUGGUACACCACCUUCAUCCUUACCGAGUCGUACGGCACUGGCUACAACGAGGUCUCCGCUUCUGAGUACGCCUGGAGCGGUCAUCGUGGGCGCCAAUGGCGCCGAUCUAAGUAAAGAGGAAAACAAGCAUAUCAAACCACAGUACAGCUACGCACAGAUGAUUACCCAGGCAAUCACAUCAGUACCCGAGUCAAAGUUGACAUUGAACGGAAUUUACACCUACAUUGUCAACCAGUACGCGUACUACCGUAACCAGCCCCCGUCGGGUUGGCAGAAUUCUAUCAGGCACAACCUGUCUUUAAAUAAGCACUUUGAGAAAGUCGCCAGAUCAACGUACGAACCUGGAAAAGGUGCCAAGUGGCAAAUUGUCCCAGAGUCCAAGGAGAACCUCGUCCGGACGGCCUGGCGCAUCGGUCGCGGUGGGCAUCGUGGUUCGUCUGCGCCCUCCUCACCAGGUAACCUCACCUACUUGGCCUCGGGCCCGCGGGAAAUGGCGAGCAAUGCUACUCCCAUCAGGAACAGACAGAGUUCAAUGCUCGGUUCGCCACAACCCAAGUCCUCGCUACCAAUGUCGCAGACACCUGACGCGACUUCACAGCAACCUCGACGGGCCAACGCAACCCUGACCGCGGACGGUAGUCCUCUCCCCCGGUCUAAGAAGAUUGCCUCGGACGACCCGUCCUUUUCCGUCAACCCCCAAUCACCAACCCUGACGUCCUCGUACUACCAAGACGACGCCGGAGGUUCCUUCGUCACGCCAGCGCCCCCUCGGGUGCACCCGCGGUUGGCCCCCCCUAGCACUGCCCAACGGCCCAGUCAGCACAUGCCGACAAGCUCACCCGCACCGUUCUGGAGGUAUGCGGACUAUAACAGCACGCCACUUCGACCUGCGGCGGAUGUCGAGCCCGCAGGGAGCCCUACCAAAGGCGCUCCUGCUCUCCCGCCUCCUCAGGACAGCAGCCCCAUCCGUGGGCACAGGGCAUUGCCCAGCAGUCCUGCACGCGUCGCCAAUGAAGAGCGUGCCAAGACAGAGCCUGCUGCGGAAGACGAGGCCCAGGGGGCUGGCGAGGACACUGCAGAUCAAGAGGAAGAGGAGUUUGACCUUGCCAAGUGA